AUGUAUCUGGAGAUCUUGGCCUUUGCAAUCGCCACCUCAGGAUGGGUUCUCGUAUCGUCAACCCUGCCGACGGACUACUGGAAGGUGUCCUCACUUGACGGGACCGUCAUCACCACAGCGACCUAUUGGGCCAAUUUAUGGAAGGCGUGUGUCACCGACUCUACAGGGGUGUCCAACUGCAAAGACUUUCCGUCCAUGCUGGCGUUGGAUGGAUACAUUCAGGCCUGCAGGGGUUUGAUGAUUGCUGCAGUCUGUCUGGGGUUUUUUGGAACAGUCUUCGCACUGGUGGGAAUGAAGUGCACCAAAAUAGGAGGAAGUGACAAGACCAAAGCGAGGAUUGCCUGCUUUGCAGGGGUUGUUUUUAUCCUCAGCGGUCUGUGCUCCCUUUCAGCAUGUUCCCUCUAUGCACAUCGGAUAACCUCAGAGUUUUUCGACCCUUUGUUUGUAGCCCAGAAGUAUGAACUUGGAGCGGCGCUCUUUAUCGGCUGGGCAGGUUCUGUCCUUUGCGUUCUAGGUGGCUUGUUGUUCACCCACAGUCGUGCAGAUUAUGUCUACAGAGGUGCUGCCUCACAUUCGCAUAUCUCCUCAUACCAAAGAGGAAGAGGCCAGUCUGUGAGCCAGAGGCCGCCUCCCGAAUACAGCAGCUCCUCCAAGGCCCCCAACUUUGAUAAGAACGUCUACGUUUAA